AUGUCCUUGCCACGAUGGUCGCAAUUUCUCCGGCCAGUCUUCCAGACUUCACCUCGUGUCCGCGCCUAUUCAUCUAAGCUCCCGUUCAAUUAUUUCUCCAUCUUCGGCAUGGCGAGCGCAGCAUCUUUUGGGACAGGGCCGUUCCCGGCGACACCGUACAAGCCGACAUACGACACCUGGCCAUACGAAGAGUCUGAUUUUGUGCGCUAUGAUGAGAAUGAUGACGGUGUUUUCUAUCGCCAACCAAGACUCGUUACACAUAUCGACGACCCGAGCAUAGCGCGGCUGUCAGAGUACUACAGCACGGUACUACCUACCAAAGGUCGUAUCAUGGACAUGUGCACUUCUUGGAAAUCGUUCUACCCUUUCGAAUUCAAAGAAGCCGUGCAGCGCAAAGAGCUCGAGGUGUAUGGUGUGGGCUUGAACGCAGAAGAGAUGAAACUCAACGGCGCACUCAAGGAAUGGAGAGUACUAGACCUGAACAAGGCACCACAUGAUGUACGUGCAGGAUGGGACGAAGGGGAAAAGAUGAAGUUUGAUGCUACUACAUGUGUCGUCAGCAUCGAUUAUCUCAACAAACCGCUCGAGAUAUGUCGCAAUUUGCUGGAUGCCACGAACGAAGGCGGAAGCGUGCACUUAGUCAUCAGCAACCGAUGUUUUCCGAACAAGGUCGUGCGAAGGUGGAUGAUGUUGUCAGAACAGCAGCGCUUAGAGUUUGUUGGAGGUGAGUAG